ACCAGAAACGGCUUUACCAAACACAGAGACCCCUUCAUAGCAACUAGUUAGAGGUGUCCUGCAAUUAGCUUGAUAGGAAGAUUCAAGUCGUCAGAUUCAAACAUGUCUACGAGGACUCUACCGCUGCUCUUUAUCAACCUCGGCGGAGAAAUGCUGUACAUCCUGGACCAGCGGCUUCGUGCUCAGAAUAUACCCGCUGACAAAGCUAAGAAAGUUAUGAAUGACAUCAUCACCACCAUGUUCAACAAAAAGUUUCUGGAAGAGCUUUUUAAGCCACAGGAGCUUUAUUCCAAGAAGGCUCUACGAACUGUGUUUGACAGGCUGGCCCAUGCGUCCAUAAUGAGACUCAAUCAAGCUAGCAUGGACAAGCUCUAUGACCUGAUGACAAUGGCUUUCAAAUACCAGGUUCUUCUCUGUCCCCGCCCAAAGGACAUCCUGCUUGUCUCCUUCAACCACAUGGAUGCGAUCAAAGACUUUGUGAAAGAUACUCCUAGCAUCUUGAGCCAGGUCGAUGAAACUUACCAGCAACUCAUAGAGAUGUAUACACCCUUGUCUAAUGGUGAAUUCCAACUGAUUAGACAAACCCUUCUCAUUUUCUUCCAAGACAUGCAUAUUAGGGUUUCUAUUUUCCUAAAGGACAAGGUGCAGAACUCAAAUGGCCGCUUUGUGCUUCCUACUAAUGGUCCUGUGCCUCGUGGGACCCAAAUUCCUGGUUUGAUUAGGAUUUUUAGCUGUUCUGGCGAAGAGUUGACCAGACUACAGUUCAAUAAUGGAGGGAACUACAGUUCUGCAUUACGGGAAGGAUCUUUUGAAAUGUUUGGCAAUAGAAUCACAAAGCUUGGGACAAACAUGUACAGUGUAAGUCGCCCGGUUGAAACACACAUGUCUGGCACAUCUAAAAGUUCUGCCCAGCACACAAAGGUCAAUUCUGCCCCAAACCCUCUGGCCAAAGAGGAACUGAAUCUGUUGGCCAGAUUAAUGGGAGGUCUAGAAGUCCAGAAACCAGGAAGCACAGACACUGGUUUCCGGGUGAAUCUCUUUGCCACGGAUGAAGAAGAAGAAGAAGCAUUAAUAUCAAGACCCAAUGAGCUUUCAUAUGGAGUCAUAAGCAUCCAAGCAACAAAGGAUCAACAGGCCAACGCAGAACUGACCAAGAUUAUGGGAGAGUUCACAGAGUCUGGUGAUCCAUCUUCAAGUGCCAGCAGCAAAGGAGAUGACCUUUUGGCCAUGAUGGACGGCUUGUGAUGUAAUCACCUUGACAGAAAUCCCCAAAGCAAUGAGAAGAGUCCACACUACUGAUGAUCAACCUGCAAUGUGGUUAUAACGUGCAAAUAUCCAGCAGCAAGCUCAGAGUCAGCCAGACUUCGUUCUUGUGGUGGCUUCAAGAUGUGCAUGGGAGCAAGGACUCCAAUUGGUCAUCAGCAGAUGUUUUUUUGCUAUUAAAAACAAAGAAUGAAAGGAAUCCAGCAGUAAAGUCGACUAGUAAGUUUUCUGUAAAACAGGAGGGUUAAAAAUUUCCCCCUGAAAGUACAGUAGAUGUGGAACAAUAUGUUGAACAUGUGCAUGUGGUAAUAGCAUAAUUUUUACUAUCAGUACACAUUCCUUUCAUUUCACACAAUUUAAUUUAAUUAUAGAUGUCAGCAGCUCGUAUAAGUUUAUCACAUUAUGAUUAUGAUGAUUAUGGAGCUAAUAGCUCAAAAUUUCUUGAUUGUUUUUAUUUUAAGCUGGUUUUAAGUUUACAUACACAAGUGUUAUACUGUAAUACUUUUACUCCAUUUAUGAUUUGAGCUGUUCUUUUUCCCAGAGUGGACUGAUAAUACCACAUACAACUUCACUGACUCGUUUGUGCACAAUUCAGAAUUUCUUGUCAUCACACAUACAGCUCCACUAAUACUUGGAUAGCAAACGGCAUCUCAACCACACACUGCUAAGGAACAUUAAUUCAAAUAUUAGUGGGGGGUGGUCAAUUUUAGCCUAUGUGCUUUAUUUUGACCCUAUUUGGAUUAGAGAAAAUCCACAUGCAAAAUUGUCUCAUUUGUAAAAUCAUUGAAAUUGUUUGUAUAAUCAUGCCACCCUAAAAUGGGAAUAGUUCAAGUCCCAUUUGACUUUAACAACUGUAAAAUAGACAUAGGAGUUAAAUAUUUAAAAACUUUUCAAGCUAUCCAUUAUUUAGAUGCAGCUCAACAAUUUGCUACUUGAUGGCUACCUUGUUUUAAUACAGAGCAAUGCAAUACAAGAAACAGUCUAAGAUAUACAUAUUUUUAUGGAGAACUAUUUAUUAAAUGUAACUUUUCUGUGUGGAAUUGCUGCAUUUCAUAAGUCAUUAAAUGUGCAGUUUAUUAUUUUAAAUGCGUUGAUGAAAACAUCACCAGCAUGAAAGUUGACACAAUACAUAUAUACCUGUAAUGCAGGUGCAUCUUAAUAAAUAAAAAUCUAAUUAAAGAGUUCAUUUUAAUUUUUUAAGUCAU